GGAGCCUCCUCCUCAUCCCCAGAAGAUGUAUGGCACAAAGGAGGACCUUGCCCCAUGAGCCACUUCUGCCCAGAAGGGACCAGCUACCCCUUUCCCUGCCUUGCAGGGACUUACAACAACCUCACCAGACAAGCUGCGUGUUUGCCGUGUGCAGCUGGCUACUACUGCCCUGAAAACACCACCAGCUACUAUGCCUACCCCUGCCCACCUGGCUUCUACUGCCCCAAAGCAACAAGGUUCGCUACUGAGUUUCCUUGCCCCCGAGGUUACUAUAACCCUGACCCCAUGACCCAGAGCCUGGACAGCUGCCUGCCCUGCCCUCCAGGGCACUACUGUGGGAAGGAGAAUUUAACGACUGUGUCGGGGAAGUGUGAUGCAGGCUGGUUCUGUGUGUCGGCUGCAUGGACCCCACAGCCUUUCGACCUGGAUAAUUACACCAAUGCCAACUGCCUGUGUCCAGCCACAGCCACCGGAGGGAAGUGCAUGGCUGGAUUCUACUGCCCCGCGGGCAGCCUGGAGCCCAUUCCCUGCCCUCCAGGGUUUUACUGCCAUGCGUCAGGUCUGUCUGAGCCCAGCGGGGAAUGUGCUACCGGCUUUUAUUGCACGGGAGGAGCAUCCAGCCCUAAACCGACUGAGGGUGUCACUGGGAAUAUCUGUCCCCUGGGCAGCUACUGCGCUGCGGGGUCAACAAUGCCCAGGCUCUGUCCACCUGGCACCUUUUCCAACCUGCUAGGGCAGAGCAUGGUUUCUCAAUGCCAGAUUUGUCCCUCUGGAUUUUACUGUGCGGGUUCCGGCCUCAGUGCCCCCACUGGAGAGUGCCAGGAAGGUUAUUACUGUGACAACAGCCAAGGGCCAGUCAGUGAUUUCACCCUUUACCCAUGCCCACAGGGCUUUUAUUGCCCCCCUGGGACUCACCAGAGCACUCAGUACAGCUGUCCCCCAGGUACUUUUGGUUCCAGGCAGAAGUUGAAGAAUAUCCAGGAAUGUCAGGGAUGUCCACCUGGAAAAUAUUGUGAGUUUCCUGGGCUCUCAGCCCCCACAGGGGACUGCUCUGAAGGAUUCUGGUGCAAGGGAAGUGCCCAAGUAAGAGACCCUAUAGAUGGAAUAACAGGGCUCCUAUGUCCUCCUGGACAUUAUUGUCUUGCAGGAACACCCACUCCAUCUCUGUGCCCACAUGGCACCUGGUCAAGCAACGAAGGGAAUAAGAAUCUACGGGGAUGCCAGCCUUGUCCUGGAGGACGCUACUGCAACAGCACUGGACUGGUAACACCAUCAGGACACUGCAGCCCAGGGUUUUACUGCACAGUGGGAGCCAGAACACCAGCACCCACCGAUGGUCUCUCAGGAGCUCCAUGCCCCGUGGGACACUCCUGUCCCCUGGGAAGCCAGAGUCCCGUCCCCUGCUCCCCUGGCACUUACAUGCCACAGACACAUGGAGAAGAGUGCUACAUCUGCCCAGAGGGUAAAUACUGUGUCCCUCUUCAGAAGCCACAAUUAUGUCCUAAAGGCUUCUUCUGCCCCAAAGGAACAGGUCUAGAUUGGCAGCCUUGCCCACCAGGGACCUACAGCCCCGAGCAAGGGCUGGAGAGCAGCACUGGGUGCAGAGUUUGUGAUGGAGGGAAGUUCUGUCUGUACCAUAAUGCGACAGACGUCAGGCUGGCCCUUGUCCUCCAGGCCACUACUGUCCAAGAGGCACUGCUGUCCCCAGCCGUUGUCCUGUGGGAACCUUCAGCAUGA